UGUUGAAGAAAAUCAGUGUGUUUGGGUUGCAGAAGACCUAGAUGCAUUUACCAUGAAGCUGAGCUGUGUUCCCAUGGCCUGGGCCCUCUAUAUUCCCUCUGCUGUGUUCUGGGCAGCUCAUUUGCUGGUGGUUGCAGCAUCAUUUUCUGGUUCUCCUUGGGACAUACCCUCUUCAGCUGCCAGUUUUGAGACUCUGCAGUGUGAAGGACCUGUCAGCACUGAGAAGAGUGACUGCCACAUGGAUGACGACUUGAAGGACCCAAGGGAAACUGACUAUCAGGUCAAGGGCUACACUUUCAGCGAACCCUUCCAUCUGAUCGUGUCUUAUGACUGGCUGAUCCUCCAAGGCCCAGCUACACCCAUAUUUGAAGGAGAUCCACUGGUUCUGCGCUGCCGGGCCUGGCAAGACUGGCCACUGACUCAGAUCACCUUCUACCGAGAUGGUUCAGCCCUGGGUCCCCCUGGACCAAACAAGGAAUUCUCCAUCGCUGUGGUACAAGAGUCAGACAGUGGGAAUUACCACUGCAGUGCCAUCUUUAGAAGCCCUGGUCCAGGGAGCCCAGAAACAACAUCUACGGUGGCUAUCACAGUCCAAGAACUGUUUGCAGCCCCAGUUCUCAGAGCCUUGCCCUCCGCUGAACCCAAAGAAGGAAGCCCCCUGACUCUGAGCUGUCAGACAAAGCUGCCCCUGCAGAGGUCAGCCGCCCGCCUCCUCUUCUCCUUCUACAAGGAUGGAAGAACAGUGCGCAGCAAGGGCCUCUCCUCAGAAUUUCAGGUCCCCACAGCCUCAGCAGAGCACUCUGGGUCCUACUGGUGUGAGGCAGCCACUGAAGAUGGACAAGUUUGGAAACAGAGUUCCCAGCUAGAAAUCAGGGUGCAGGGUCCCUCCAGCUCUGUUGAAUCGCCCACUUUGAAUCCAGCUCCUCAGAAACCGGCUGCUCCAGAAAUGACUUCUACGGUGCCCCCUGGUCCUCUGCCUCCACUAGCUACCCCUUUUUCUGAGCACGGAGGCUUCUCCUCUCCAGAUCCCCACCUGCAUCACCAGAUGAGUGUUCUUCUCAAACUCAUGCAGGAUGUAAGAGCUCUUCUUGGUCACCUGGUCAUAGAGCUGAGGGACUUAUCUGGCCACCUGAAGCCUGACACCACAAAGACUCCUGUCAAAUGAAAGUACACUAUUCACCCAUGAUCACCCACCCCCAAUAAAUCCAAUGUUUUCUACUUUUGUCUUUCUAUUCUGCACACAUGCAUAAAUAGUUUUACAAGUUGUCCUCAGUGUCUUAUAAGAACAAUGGAAUUAGGGGGCAUAUAAAUAAAUUUGUAUGAAGCAAUAA